UAGUCAUCCAAAUGUAAGAGGACUCCGCUUCCUGGUGUGGACUCAUAAUAAUAGACCGAUGAGAUACAGAGAAGUCAGAGCUGCUGCUGCUGUCGCUUUGAUACCAACCUGUGAUUCAUGAUUGAGCGGAUAUCAUAAGAGACAUCGCAUCUUGUCGUAGGAAUGUCAGCCGUAAACAAAUCUGCAGAAGAUGGCGGCGUGUUCUCGUCAAAGGUCAUCAAUAUCGUGUUUAUCAUCCUGCUGCUGGACCUGCUGGGAUUUACGCUGAUUCUGCCUCUCCUGCCUUCAAUUUUGGACCACUAUGCACAAACAGGGGAUGGAGUGUAUCAGUCUCUGCAGAGCGUCGUGGACUGGUUCAGGGAGGCUGUCGGCAUCCCCAUGGAGAAGAAGUACAACAGCGUCCUGUUCGGAGGUCUGAUCGGGUCCCUGUUUUCUCUGCUGCAGUUCCUGUCUUCCCCUAUAACCGGGGCCCUGUCAGACCACUACGGCAGACGACCCCUACUCCUUCUUACCACAUUAGGGCUGAUGUCCUCCUAUGCCGUCUGGGCCGUUUCCCGGAGUUUCAGCAUGUUCCUUUUGUUUCGAGUAAUUGGGGGCAUUUGUAAGGGCAACGUCAGCCUCUGCACUGCCAUCAUGGCCGACCUGCCUUGCCCAAAAGCACGGAACCGAGGAAUGGCCAUGAUCGGCAUCGCCUUCUCUAUGGGCUUCACUAUCGGACCUCUGAUGGGCGCCUACUUUGCCGUCAGCUCCAAAACGACAGGAAACGUCUUCUACCAAACUCCAGCUCUGCUUGCCUUGGCGUUCAGUGUCGCUGAUCUGCUCUUUAUUUGGCUCAUGCUGCCAGAAACACUCUCAAAGGACGUAAAGGCCUCGUCUUCAGGGUUCGGAGACUCCAGGGACCUCCUGAACCCGUUAGCUUUGUUCCAUUUUUCAGCUGUCACCAGAACAGAAGAUCCACCUUCCAAAGAAAGAAUGCAAAAGCUUCAGGUGUUGGGUCUGGUGUAUUUCUGCUACCUCUUCCUGUUCUCCGGUCUGGAGUUCACGCUGAGUUUUCUGACUCAUCAGCGGUUCCACUUUACAAGUAUGCAGCAGGGAAAGAUGUUCUUCUUCAUUGGUGUCAUCAUGGCUUUGAUUCAAGGAGGAUAUGCUCGCAGAAUCAAACCCGGGCAGCACAUCAAAGCUGUUCGUAUGGCGAUCAUAGCUCUGAUCCCAGCGUUUAUUCUCAUUGGGCUAUCGUGGAAUAUAAUGAUGCUCUACACUGGCCUGGCACUUUACUCUUUUGCGGCUGCAUUAGUCGUCCCAUGCCUGUCGACGCUCGUCUCUGACCACGGCUCAGCCAAUCAGAAAGGCACAGUGAUGGGGAUCCUGCGUAGUUUGGGCGCACUGGCCAGAGCACUGGGUCCAGUUGUGUCUUCCUCUGUUUACUGGAUAGCUGGAGCACAGACCUGUUUCCUCCUCACGUCAGCCUCUUUCAUCGUACCUCUGGCUUUACUGAGCACAGCUAGAAGACUGAAGGAGGAGUGAGCGACACGAAGACAAGAGAGGCUUCAAAGAGCUCUGUUAACGCUUUUUACUCCACAAGAGAGACUGAUUGCAGAGACGAUCUGAUGUUUUUUUACUGAUACGUUGAAUGUUAUGAUGUUUACAGCUGCUGGGAGAACAAGCACUGAAUUAUGACUUUAUCACAAACAGAAAUAAUGAAAAGAUGUGUGUUUUUUUACGCUGUUUACUGAGGAUCAUCUCAUGAAACAAGAUAACGCAGGAAAAGAUCUACGUGCCAAAAGAUGGAGAUUUGUAGGAGGCAUGUCUUUCAUGUGCACAUUUAGACCCGUGAACACUAUGGUACGCAUGGGUUAGGGUGAAUUACAAAUAACAUUCCUUUGAAAUAUACAACAUUCAGCUUGUGAAAUAUAAUAAUUACUUUGUACCGCAGUAUUUUAUCAAUCACCGAUUUUAUAUUUUAGCAAAGUAGUUUUAUUUAGCUCUUUUUUCAAAAAUGUUUUUCUAUUUUCUUGUCAUUCAAAUG